AUAUUAAAGGUGGGAGGCCCUUUGCAGACAUUCAUUCUCUUUGUUUCCAUGUUUUUUUCUCAAAACCCAAAUUUGUUUUCUUUUGCAUGAAACUAUGUUUCUCUUCCUAAACCUUAAAUAUCGGCACUCCUAAAUUUGGGAAAGAGUUCCAUGUUGGUGGUCUAGAGAGAGAGAGAGAGAGAGAGAGAGAGAGAGCAAAUUGGAGGAGAAAUGUUACAGAGAGCUGCCAGCAAUGCGUAUUCAUGGUGGUGGGCAAGCCAUGUCAGGACAAAGCAAUCGAAAUGGCUCGAACAAAGCCUUCAAGAUAUGGAAGAGAAAGUGGGCAGUAUGCUCAAGCUCAUCCAAGAGGACGGAGACUCUUUUGCAAAGAGGGCAGAAAUGUACUACAAGAGAAGGCCAGAGCUAAUAAACUUUGUCCAAGAAUCUUUCCGGGCUUAUCGGUCCUUAGCUGAAAGAUACGACCAUAUAUCAAAAGAGUUGCAAAAUGCCAACACCACCAUCGCUUCCGUUUUCCCAGAACAAGUUCAGUUUGCGAUGGAAGACGAGGAUGAUUUCUCUUCUCCAAGAGUCCAAAAGAUUAAUGCUUCACAAAACGUAGCAAAUAAUGUUCCCAAAGUUCCGAAGUAUCCGAGUAGAGAUUUGAAGAGUCUCUUCACAUCAGCCUCAAAGAAACUCCAAGCCAAGAAGUCAUCACAAGAGUCCAAAACUACUAAAGCUGCUCCAAAAUCUGGUUUGAGCAAAUCCGAGGCGCUGGAAGAGAUAGACAAGGUGCAGAAAGAGAUUCUGGCACUUCAAACGGUUAAGGAGUUUGUGAGGAGCUCCUACGAAAGUGGGCUCACGAAAUAUUGGGAGAUUGAUCACCAGAUUGCGGAAUUGCAAGAGAGGGUUUGUGGGUUGCAAGAUGAAUUCAAGGUGGGGAAAGUAAUUGAGGAUGAUGAGGCUAGGACUCUAAUGGCGGAAGCCGCUUUGAAAUCGUGCGAAGAGGCCUUGUCUCAGUUGCAGGAAAAACAAGAGAAGUCAAGUAAGGAAGCAAGAGCAGAAUUCCGAAGGGUUGAGGACACACGUGAAAGGUUGAAGUCGCUUAAGAACAAAUUUCUCCCGGAUGAACAGGCAAAUGACAAAGAUGAAUCAGCAAAAACAAGUGGAAACCUGGAAUGCUUGAACCGAGAAGCAGUUGAUUUGACACAAGAGAAGCUAGAAAUGGAAGAGUUCAAAGAGGAAAUUAAAGAGCACUUUGAAGUGGGCUUUAAAGAGUCUCUCAGUGUGACAGAACUAGCGGAGAAGAUUGAUGAGCUUGUGAGUAAGGUUAUUGGUUUAGAAACCGCGGUUUCUUCUCAAACUGCACUUAUAGACCAAUUAAAGACAGAAACAGAUGAUCUUCAAUUGCAAAUGAAGGCCUUGGAAGAUGAUAAGGCAAUUUUACUUGAUGGCACAAACAACUUGACUGACAAGUUGAGGGGAAUGGAGGGAAAGUUGAAUGAGCUUCAGGAUCUAAACCAAAAUUUCGAAAACGAAAACAACAAUCUCCAGAUUUGUUUCACAGAAGCAAGGUGCAGUCUUGGUCACUUGUCUGAGAAAUUACACACUGUGAAGCCAGAUGCAGAGGUUGAGCAUAUGGAGUCAUUAAAAGAGGAGUCGUCUUAUGUUAAAGUUCAAACACCAGAAGCGUUGGGAACAAAAGAAAAUAUGCCUAGUCCGAAAUAUGGUUCCCAAAACUCCGGAGAUUUGAAAGAAACAGUGGGAGAUGAUAAAAGCAAAAAGGUUGUCUCUAUUUCUGUCACCAACCGGGCAGAAAAGGCAGAAGAAAAGGUUACAAUCUCGGAGAAAUGUGGAGAUCCAAAAACACCAGAUAAUGUUGACAAUACUGAAGCACAUGAAGUGGGAAAAGAGAAAGAUGAUGAGUUGAACUGGCAGAAGAUGCUGUUGAAUGGGUUAGAGGAUAAAGAAAAGAUUCUGCUGAAAGAAUAUACAUCGAUUUUGCGAAAUUACAAGGACGUUAAGAAGAAGCUCAGUGAUGUAGAAAACAAAAAUCGCGAAAGCCUCUUUGAAACGACAGUACAGUUAAAAGAGUUGAGGAGUGCUAUUGCCAAGAGGGAUGAAGAGAUUCAGUCCUUGCGUCAGAAACUGAAGCUGUUGCAAGAAAAAGCGGGUGAAAAUAAGGAUUCCAAAGAAUAUAACCAGUCGAUAUCUAUUCUGUUUGACGAUCAAAAUCCUGACCCUGAAGUGAUUGAAGACUCCAGGGGAUAUGGAGGGGUAGAAGAAGAUGCCAAGUUGUUUUUGAUUGAUCAACCUCACUCCCUCUCAACUGUUGAAGAAAAGCUCCGAAUGAAUAUUGAUGCACUGUUGGAUGAGAACUUAGAUUUUUGGUUGAGAUUCAGCACUUCAUUUCACCAGGUACAGAAAUUCAAAACCGGGUUUCAAGAUUUAGAAGCAGAAAUAUCAAAACUCAAGGAAAAAGAGUCGAAUAAGGAAGGAAGUUCUCGGGCCAGGACUGACAUAAAAUCGGAUCUCAGGCCUAUAUAUGCACACCUAAGAGAGGUACAGACAGAAUUAACCCUCUGGAUUGAACAAAGCGCUUCAUUAAAAGCCGAAUUGCAACGGAGAUUCUCUUCUUUGUGCAAAAUCCAAGAGGAAAUAACGGAAUCGUUGAAAGCAGGAGCGGAGGAAGAGGAAAUGAGGUUCACUAGUUACGAAGCUACGAAAUUCCAAGGUGAGGUUUUGAACAUGAAGCAAGAGAACAAGAAGGUUAGGGAUGAACUACAAAUGGGUUUCGAUCAUGUGACUGCACUUCAACUCGAAAUUGAGAAGACUCUUGAGAUGUUGAACGAGGAAUUCAGCAUUUCAGGGUUCAAGGGCGAUAAUCCAUCGCAAUUGAGGCACUCGACUAGCCGAUCGAGAGUUCCUUUACGAUCAUUUAUAUUUGGAACGAAGACCAAGAAAAGGUCCAUUUUUGCUUGUAUGCAUCACAGAAAGUACAAUGAUCUAAGAUCUAGGCUUCCAAUGUAAUGUAUUCCAUUCAAUUUGUUUUAUUCAUCCGGGGUUUUUCUUCCUAGG